AUGCAGUAUGGUGCGCCCCUGCACCACCUGGAAGAUAAUCUGCUGCGGAUGGCACGGCAUCUGUGCAUCACUGCCACGUUCACAACCAUUCCUGGGCUGGUCCUGAUCUCGAUUGAGGAUACGGCGACGUCCACUACGGAGACCAAGAUCAUCCGCUGCCCGAACGGCUAUGAUAUGCACCGACUCGAGUUAACCGACCGCGUGUUCAGGCGUGUAAGUCGCGACAAGAUGACGGUUGAAGAAGCCCUGGGUGAGCUGGACCGCAUCAUGAGCGCACCACCCCUGUUCGCUUGGUACUGGCAGGUGCUUGACUGGGGACUAGCGUCGUGGUCCGUGUGCCUACUGGCUUUUAGUGGAUCGUGGUGGGACUCGCUAGCAGCCCUAAUCCUUGGCAUCGUCAUCGGGUGCCUGAAUCUGGUUGCCGGUCGACUAAAGGGCUACACAAACCUGUUCGAGGUCUCGGUCAGCAUUCUGUCUGGCUUUGUUGCUACAAUCUUCCCUAGCCACCUAUGCUUUGCCGCCGUCACACUAUCCGCCACCGUGGUCCUGCUGCCCGGCCUGGUUCUUACUACGGGCGUCAUCGAGCUGACAGCGCGCAACAUGCACGCUGGCACGAUCCGCGUAUUCUACGCGCUAGUCUUGGCAUUCAUCAUCGCAUUUGGCAUCGAGCUGGGCAACAACAUAUUUGUGGAGAUUUUCUCGCGGCCAGGACGCGUUCCAGACAUGAAUACAGGCACCUGUAGCCCUGUCUCUCAGUGGUACUGGUGGCUAACCUUCCCUGUUUCAAUCUGCAGCAUCUGCCUCCUGAUCAACGUGCACCCGCGCGACUGGCACGCGUGCGUUAUUGUUGGCGGCGCCAUGUUCGCCGUGUUCUGGUACUUAGUGAUGCACCUGCAGCUGACGAUUAUCGGGCCGGUUGUUGCCGCGUUUGUGCUCGGCCUGGUGGCCAACCUGUGGAGCAAGCUGUUCAAGCACAAUGCGUACGCAGUCAUGCUACCUGGCAUGAUGAUCCUCGUACCAGGGAGCGUUGGUGUGCGUGGCAUCCUGUCCAUGUUCACUGCUUCGGGAUCGAGCACGCAGCUGGCGGUACAGAUGAUCCGCACGUCGCUGAGCAUCAUGACUGGGUUGUUUGCCAGCACAUUUGUAGUCUACCCACGUGGCAAGAAGCACUCGGCGCUGCUGACUGUCUGA